AACGUGUUGGACCAGUGGGUGAACCCGGGGCCCAAUAUCGCUUUUCUGUUACCUCACCAAAACGGAAAAACAAGGAAAAGAACAAAAAAAGAAGGAGAGAGCAAGUGAAACUAAAAAAAUAAAAGAAAGCAAAAGGAAAGAAAGGAAAAGAAGAAGAAAAAGAAGAAAAAAAGGAAACUGGUUUAUCUCCAUUUCAAACUCCGUGCCCAGAGCCGGGCAUGUUGCCCCAUGCCUCCUAAGCGCAUACCCGGAAUUCUCAAUGUUUAUUGUGGCAAUCGCCUCGUACGAUGGAGCCGGGCCCGGCGCUGGAAUGAACGGCGCACGAAAUUAACAUCUCGCUGGUAUAUUACGCCGCCAGGUGCGCUCACAUGCACAGAACAAGUAAUGAGCCAACCAUGGUUUCGGGCCACGUUGACUGAUUUCGGCCUUAGGCUCGUUUUCGGGUUCAACGCACUAGUCCAUGCCUGUCCAAGCAUGUGCUCUCCCUUUCUUGUGCUCUUCAUUUUCUGUACCCCGGCCCAACCCCUGGCCGGCUGUGUCCGACCCGUAGGCCCCAUAAAUUUCUCAUUUUUUCGCUCGGCCGCCAGCCCCAUCUCUUUUGUCUGCCCACGCCCUUCUUUCCUGUGCGCGCCCUCCGUCCUCUUGAGCUACGGUUCCAUCUGGCUCCACCCGUCGCACCUACUCCGAACAGCACUUUGAUUCACCCAAGGCCCACCACAAAGUGUCUUUUUUUGCUUGCGGCCACACCUCUCAAACACACACCCCGGUCUCCGUGCAGCGGCCUGAGAGAUAUUCGUACAAGCGAAUUUUAAAAAAAAAAAAAUCACCCCUUGCCAGCCAGAAGGACCAGG